UCCCAGGCAGGCGUGCGCGCCGGGCAGCACUCGCACUCGGCCGGCCGGGAGAACUCGGGGCCCCGGGAAGCCGGGGACCCACGGCCUAAGAAAUCCUGAACCUUGCAGAGUGGGAGGAAGCCAGCGCCUGCCUCCCCUGGCUGGCGCGCCCCGUGCUACCUGGAUUGUUCAGUAAGGUGGGGGAUCCCCGGCCACUGGUGCUGCGGCUGCGGCUGACCUCUCUGGACCAGGAUGUGGGCAUAUUGGGCUCCCGGCCUAUGGCUGUUCGGUCUCUGGGCCACCUGCAGUCAUGGGGCACAGACAGGUAAGCAGUGCCCACCUUCACAGCAAGAAGGGCUCAAACUGGAACACAGCAGUGACUUGUCGUCCAACAUGACCGGCUUUAACCUCAUCCGCCGGCUGAACCUCAUGAAGACUUCUGCCAUCAAGAAAAUCCGCAACCCCAAGGGGCCGCUCAUCUUGAGGCUGGGGGCCGCCCCACUGACCCAGCCCACACGGCGAGUGUUCCCUCGGGGCCUUCCACAUGAAUUUGCAUUGGUGCUGACUCUGAUGCUGAAAAAACACACACCCCAGAGCACGUGGUAUUUGUUUCAAGUGACCGAUGGAGACGGGUACCCACAGAUGUCCCUGGAAGUCAACAGCGGCGAGCGGAGCCUGGAGCUCCGGGCCCGGGGCCAGGAUGGCGAUUUUGUGUCCUGCAUCUUCCUGGUGCCCCAGCUAUUUGACCUGCGCUGGCACAAGCUGAUGCUGAGUGUGGCUGGCCGCGUGGCCUCUGUGCACGUGGACUGCACCUCGACCUCCUCCCAGCCCCUGGGGCCCUGGCGACCCGUAAGGCCGACUGGCCAUGUAUUUCUGGGCCUGAAUGCUGAGCAGGGCAAGCCCGUCUCCUUUGACCUUCAGCAGGCGCACGUCUACUGUGACCCUGAGCUUGUGCUGGAGGAGGGCUGCUGCGAGAUCUCACCGGAUGGGUGCCCUCCAGAAACUUCCAAGGCUCGCCGGGACACCCAGAGCAACGAGCUCAUUGAGAUCAACCCCCAGACAGAGGGCAAGGUCUACACGCGCUGCUUCUGCCUGGAGGAGCCGCAGAACAGCCAGGUGGAUGCCCAGUUGUCGGGAAGGAUCAGCCAGAAGACAGACAGGGGAGCAAAGGCACAUCGGGGGACAGCAGCUGAUGAGUGCCCACCCUGUGGUGUCCGGGAGAGCAACGUCACCCUUGGUCCCUCUGGCCCCAAGGGUGAGCGAGGCCUGCCCGGCCCUUCAGGCUUCAAGGGAGAGAAGGGAGCUCGGGGCAGUGACUGUGUGAGGAUCUCCCCCGACGCCCCACUGCAGUGCGCAGAGGGACCUAAGGGAGAGAAGGGGGAGUCGGGAGCCUUGGGACCCUCAGGACUUCCGGGCUCAGUAGGCCAGAAGGGCGAGAAAGGCUCGAAGGGAGAUGGAGGCGUCAAGGGCUUGCAGGGGAGGCCAGGCCGAGACGGUCGGCCGGGAGAGAUCUGUGUCAUUGGACCCAAAGGACAGAAGGGAGACCCAGGCUUUGUGGGACCAGAGGGACUGGCAGGGGAACCUGGACCCCCUGGUCUCCCUGGGCCUCCUGGGGUAGGACUGCCUGGGACCCCGGGGGAUCCGGGUGGCCCGCCAGGCUCAAAGGGAGACAAGGGCAGCUCUGGGACUCCGGGAAAGGAGGGUCCUGAUGGGAAGCCUGGGAGACCAGGUGUACCUGGGCUGAAGGGGGAGAAGGGUGACCCCUGUGAAGUGUGCCCAACGCUGCCUGAAGGGUUUCAGAACUUCGUGGGGCUGCCUGGAAAGCCAGGGCCCAAAGGGGAGCCCGGAGAUCCUGCACCGGCCAGGGAGGCGGGUCUGGGAGCAAUUGGACAAAAAGGUGAUCGGGGGGACCCUGGCCUCCAAGGCUUCAAAGGAGAGAAGGGGGAGUCCUGCUUGUCCUGCAGCCUAGGUGUGGAGGCCCAACAUCUCAGCGCCUCCACGACCUCUGCCCUGCCUGGGCUUCCUGGGAAAGUUGGGGCUCCAGGGCCAACAGGGCUGAAAGGAGAGAAGGGCAGUGUUGGACACGCAGGGCCAGCUGGCAGUCCGGGCCUGCCAGGGUCGGUGGGAGCCGCAGGCACCAAAGGCGAGAAGGGCGAGCCUUGUGGACCGUGUGCAGCCUUAUCCAAGCCCCAGAAUGGAGAUGACCAUGUGGUGGGCCUGCCUGGCCCGUCCGGAGAGAAGGGGGAGCCUGGGCCUCCGGGCCUCGGCCUGCCAGGAAAACCGGGCAAGGCUGGAGAUCGAGGGGUGAAGGGACAGAAGGGUGACGCCGGGAAUCCUGGUGACCCCGGAACACCAGGCACCGAGGGGCAGCCAGGAUUGUCUGGAGAACCUGGGGUCCGGGGGCCCCCGGGGCUGAAGGGAGAAAAGGGUGAUGGCUGCACUGCCUGCCCCGACCCACCAGGGGCAGUGCCUGGCACCUUCGGACGACCUGGACAGCCAGGCCCUAGAGGAGAGCCGGGCCCUGAAGGUGUGGGCAGGCCUGGCAAACCGGGCCAGCCUGGUCUUCCUGGAGUUCAAGGGCCCCCGGGACUGAAGGGGAUGCAGGGAGAGCCAGGGACUCCGGGAAUGGGGGCCGAGGGGCCCCAGGGUGAGCCUGGCGCCCAGGGUCUGCCUGGCAUUCAGGGGCCUCGGGGACCACCUGGCCCCAGUGGAGAAAAGGGUGCCAAGGGACCUCCAGGGGUGAAAGGAGCCACUGGACCUGCAGGGCCUCCUGGUGCCAGUGCCCCUGGGCCUGCGGGCCGUGACGGGCAGCACGGGCAGAGCGGGCCUCCGGGAACCAGAGGACUGCCAGGUGAAAAGGGAUCUCGGGGAGAGAAGGGGGAAGCCGGGGAGUGCUCCUGCCCCUCUCGGGGAGACCCCGUCUUCUCAGGCAUGCCGGGUGCUCCGGGACUUUGGAUGGGCAGCUCGUGGCAGCCGGGUCCGCAGGGCCCCCCUGGCGUUCCUGGACCACCAGGCCCUCCUGGAAUGCCUGGCCUGCAGGGAAUGCCCGGAAACAAUGGUUUGCCGGGACAGCCGGGGCUAUCAGAACUGCAGGGCAUCUGCGGGAACUGCGCCCAGGGACAGACUGGCCACUCGGUGUCCAUCCUGGAGAAAGGGGAGAAGGGAGACCAGGGCACCCCUGGAGUGCCCGGCCUAGACAACUGUGCUCGGUGCUUCAUGGAGCGGGAGCGCCCAAGAGCAGAGGAGGCUCGGGGAGACACCAGUGAGGGAGAGCCAGGCUGUGCUGGGAGCCCCGGCCUGCCGGGCCCUCCGGGUCUGCCGGGCCAGAGAGGAGAAGAGGGUCCGCCUGGAAUGAGGGGCUCCCCGGGUCCUCCAGGCCCUAUUGGCCCCCCAGGUUUUCCUGGUGCCGUUGGCUCCCCCGGAUUGCCUGGUCUUCAAGGAGAGCGAGGCCUCAGGGGCCUGACAGGAGACAAGGGGGAACUGGGCCCUCCAGGACAGCCUGGUUACCCAGGCGCCAUGGGCCCCCCGGGACUGCCUGGCAUCAAGGGGGAGCGGGGCUACACUGGGCCGGCCGGAGAGAAGGGAGAGUCGGGUCCCCCAGGAUCUGAAGGUGUCCCAGGUCCCCAGGGCCCAGCGGGUCCCCGAGGAGAGCGAGGACCCCAAGGCAACUCAGGAGAGAAGGGGGACCAGGGAUUUCAAGGCCAGCCAGGCUUUCCAGGCCCGCCGGGUCCCUCUGGAUUCCCAGGCAAAGCUGGAGCUCCUGGCCCACCGGGCCCCCAGGCGGAGAAGGGCAGUGAAGGGACUCGAGGCCCAUCAGGCAUGCCUGGUUCCCCUGGACCACCAGGACCUCCUGGGAUUCAGGGCCCCGCCGGCUUGGAUGGCCUGGAUGGGAAGGACGGCAAGCCUGGCUUGAGGGGAGACCCUGGUCCCGCGGGCCCCCCUGGACUCAUGGGACCCCCGGGCUUCAAGGGGAAAACUGGACACCCUGGCCUCCCAGGACCUAAGGGUGACUGUGGUCAACCAGGGCCCCCUGGCAGUAGUGGCCGGCCUGGAACAGAGGGUGAACCCGGCUCCGUGGGACCCCAGGGAAGACCCGGCCCCCCGGGCCAUCUUGGGCCACCAGGGCCUCCAGGCCAGCCAGGGCCAGCUGGGAUCUCAGCAAUGGGCCCCAAAGGAGACAGAGGAGCCACCGGAGAAAGAGGCCUCUCAGGCAUUCCAGGCCAACCUGGCUCACCCGGACACCCGGGCCCCCCGGGCGAGCCUGGCUCAGAUGGUGCAGCUGGAAAAGAGGGACCCCCUGGAAAACAAGGGCUCUACGGGCUUCCGGGUCCCAAGGGUGAUCCGGGGCCCUCGGGACAGAAGGGCCAGGCAGGAGAGAAGGGGAGAGCUGGCAUGCCCGGAGGACCUGGCAAGAGUGGCUCCAUGGGCCCUGUUGGGCCACCAGGCCCUGCUGGAGAGAGAGGCCACCCUGGGUCCCCAGGGCCCACAGGGAGCCCUGGAAUGCCCGGUGUGCCUGGCUCCAUGGGAGACACGGUGAAUUAUGACGAAAUCAAGAGGUUCAUCAGACAAGAGAUCAUUAAAAUGUUUGACGAGAGGAUGGCUUACUACACCUCCCGGAUGCAGUUCCCUGUGGAGAUGGCAGCGGCUCCCGGACGACCAGGACCCCCAGGGAAGGACGGGGUCCCUGGCCGGCCCGGUGCCCCGGGGUCACCCGGGCUCCCCGGUCAGAUAGGCAGAGAAGGACGGCAAGGCUUGCCUGGAAUGAGAGGAUUGCCUGGUACCAAAGGUGAGAAGGGAGACAUUGGUGUGGGCAUCGCAGGAGAAAGUGGUCUCCCAGGUCCCCCAGGGCCCCAAGGCCCUCCAGGCUACGGCAAGAUGGGGGCAACUGGGCCAAUGGGCCAGCAAGGCAUUCCCGGCAUCCCCGGCCCCCCAGGCCCCACAGGCCAGCCGGGCAAGACUGGCCACUGCAACCCCUCUGACUGCUUUGGGGCUAUGCCGAUGGAGCAGCAGUACCCCCCCAUGAAGAGCAUGAAGGGGCCUUUUGGCUGAGACCACCCGCGCAGUGUGAGCUGAAGGGCUCCAUUGAAAACAAAGGGACAAAGCUUCUGGGACUCUGGGAUGGGUUGUGAAUGUUUUUAUUUUUUAAUUGCUGUUAAUAUUUUUUUUAACAAUAAAGAGCCCAAAACAACCCUGGA